UCCUUCAUUCACAUCCGCUCACCUCGCUAUCAGCGCUGGAAAAAAAGGACUUUGAGAAACUGCAGCGAUGUCAGUCCAGGUUGUGGCAGCGAAAAUGGCAGAGGUCGAACUCAAAGACGUCUCCACCGGCAAAAACCUGUCGGCCGACUCCGCGGCGACGUCGGAGGACAAGACCCUCGGCGGCAGAAACGAGCCGCAGAAGGAGGCCGGUUCCUCCGCCCCAGCCGCUACGUCCCCCGCCGCGGAGCCCUCCGCGAAAGCCGGGGAAGGCAGCCGGGGCUUGCUCACCCCGAGCGCCGUCAAAAUGCCACAGGCGUCCGCUAUGAAGCACACGGACCCUCAACAGAACGGGGGAGAAGCUUUCGUGAACCGUGACGGUACGGUGGCCGAGGCUCCGCGGAUGAAAAAGAUCCAAUUUGCAGACCAGAAACAGGAGUUCAACAAGCGCCCGUCUAAGAUCGGCAGACGCUCCCUGUCUCGGUCCAUCUCCCAGUCCUCCACAGACAGCUACAGCUCAGCGGCGUCAUACACCGACAGCUCCGACGAUGAGACCUCUCCUCGGGACAAGCAGCAGAAGAACUCCAAAGGCAACGGAGAUUUCUGCAUCAAAAACAUCAAACAGGCCGACUUUGGACGCAGGGAGAUCGAGAUCGCUGAGCAAGAGAUGCCGGCGCUGAUGGCGCUGAGGAAGCGAGCUCAGGGGGAGAAACCCCUCGCCGGUGCCAAGGUGGUCGGCUGCACACACAUCACCGCCCAGACUGCUGUGCUGAUGGAGACUCUAUCAGCUCUGGGGGCUCAGUGCAGGUGGGCCGCCUGCAAUAUCUACUCCACCCAAAAUGAAGUGGCAGCAGCUCUGGCAGAGGGAGGCUUCAGUGUGUUCGCCUGGAAGGGCGAGUCAGAGGAUGAUUUCUGGUGGUGCAUCGAUCGCUGCGUUAAUGUGGAAGGAUGGCAGCCGAAUAUGAUCCUGGAUGACGGAGGAGACCUGACGCACUGGAUAUAUAAAAAAUACCCCAACAUGUUCAAGAAGAUCAAGGGCAUCGUAGAGGAGAGCGUCACCGGUGUUCACAGGUUGUACCAACUGUCUAAGGCAGGGAAGCUGUGUGUUCCAGCCAUGAACGUCAACGACUCCGUUACCAAACAAAAGUUUGACAACCUUUACUGCUGCAGAGAAUCCAUCUUAGAUGGCUUGAAGCGGACCACUGAUGUGAUGUUUGGAGGCAAGCAGGUUGUGGUGUGUGGAUACGGAGAGGUUGGAAAAGGCUGCUGCGCUGCCCUCAAAGCAAUGGGCUCCAUCGUCUACGUCACAGAGAUUGACCCAAUCUGUGCCUUGCAGGCCUGCAUGGAUGGCUUCAGACUGGUGAAACUCAAUGAAGUCAUCAGACAAGUGGACAUAGUCAUCACCUGUACAGGCAAUAAGAACGUGGUAGUGAGGGAGCACCUGGACCGCAUGAAGAACGGCUGCAUUGUCUGCAACAUGGGGCACUCUAACACGGAGAUAGAUGUGGCCAGCCUGCGGACCCCUGAGCUAACCUGGGAGAGAGUGCGCUCACAGGUGGACCACGUCAUCUGGCCUGAUGGCAAGAGGAUAGUCCUGCUGGCUGAGGGCCGUCUGCUGAACCUCAGCUGCUCCACGGUUCCAACCUUCGUCCUCUCAAUCACCGCCACAACCCAGGCUCUGGCCCUGAUAGAGCUCUACAAUGCCCCAGAGGGACGAUACAAGCAGGAUGUUUAUCUGCUGCCCAAGAAAAUGGAUGAGUAUGUGGCCAGCCUACAUCUCCCAACAUUUGAUGCACAUCUCACAGAGCUGAGUGAUGAGCAGGCCAAGUACCUGGGCUUGAACAAGAACGGGCCCUUUAAGCCAAAUUACUAUAGGUAUUAAAUCACCCUCAAGUCGACUGAGGAAAUAUCAGUUCAUGAAUCGCACAGACUCAUGCCGGAGGAAGAGGAGGACGGAGGGAAAGAGGGCCGGACAUUAAACAGCUUUUCCCACCAUCAUGGCAUGUGUUUAUUUCACUACCACCUGACCACAGUAAUAAUCCUGUCGAUAAAAUAAUAACUACUCUGGAGCCACUCUUGGUCAGAACUCCUCCUUGAACAAGAGUGGUUUCUUACAUUUCCACUCAUCUUGUCACCAUCUCUCUCUUUAGAUGCUCGUUUGUGUGUGGAGUUGUUCGCUAAUCCUCUGUCCUCCCUCCACGCUGCCAGAAUUUUGAUUCUUUAUAAAAAAUGAAAUAUAGACUGUACGCAAAACGUACAUUUUUUUUUUUUUUAAACAAAUGUGCAAAUGAAGAUUAAGUCGUGGACAAUUUUUCCCUUUUUUUGCUGUUUUUUUUUUCUUUCCAUCUUUCUUUUUCUACCUUUAAUUUCUUUUCCAUAAAGGGUGGGCUGUAGAUCUUGUGGGAGGGUCUCAGGUUCUAAUCAUAUCUUGUAUUUUAAUGCUUUUUUUCCACCCAUCUGUUGGUCUGAAUAUGACUGGAUGUCGACUUCCUUCUCACCCGUUUCUUAAACCCACAGUGAAAGCAUCUCAUUGGCUGCUCGUUAGUCUCCAGCUGCUCAAACACACCAGUGUUCAAGUCACUAAAAGUAUUUAACCACUUUGUUUUUAUUUUCUUUAACAAGAAUGACUAUACUGAAAUAGAAGCAUGGCAGAUUAUCAAAUCAUUACAAAGUUAUACUGUAUAUUUAGAUAUUUAUAAUAGAAUUUAAGAUUUUUCUAUCUUUCCAUCUAAUUUCUUCCUUUUUGACUCACUCGUCACGCCGCACAGAAAAGCAGUUAAAUGUUCUAAUAAUCUGUAAUAAAUGUACUCAAACCCUCAGUCUGAAUACUGUGACAGAGUAUUUACACAGCCUGAAGCAAUCUAUAGCAGGUACUCGCUGGAAAGUAUGGUGCUUUUUUUAAUCAUACAUGCCAUACCCAAAAACAACAGGUUAACGGUACUAAAAGGUGUAAAUUACUCGGCUUGUAAAUCGACUUUCUGACUCAUGAUUGUGUCGAGGCGAAUCAAAGAAGCACAUUUAUCUCCAUGUUUGUAGAUCGGACUUUGCAAUGAUUUUCCUGCUGCUGUUGAAGGGCUUUUCUGUUGUUGUUUUUUUCUGAUGUAGAGUAAUAACCUGCAGGUGCUUAACAUCCUAUCUGCACCCUACAUCUAUUCUAUCUAUUGACAUCCUCACUGCUCCACCAGCGGGAAACCCAAACUAAUGUCACAAUGCUUUAAAAUAAAAUCACAUUCUCCUGAAUUUUGGCACCUCUGGUAAAGCUGCAACCAAUAGAAUGAAUUUCUUUUAUCUCUAUAAUAGUCCUGUUAAAACAUAAACUUAAGCAUUCUUUUUUAUUAGUAUCUUAAUCCUUAAACAAACUGCUUCAUGUUUUCUUGGUGUAUAAAUAUAAGAAAUGGCUGCCCCUUUAUGUAAGUCUUAAAAUUGAAAGGAUGGGUAAACAGCCAUCCUGUUUUUUCUAGCUUAAGAGAUGGAAGAACAAUUUCCAAGAUUUCCACUUAAGAGUUGUUUUUAUUAGCAUUAAUAGUGGGGUUAUCAUUGUAAAACAUGGCUUUACGGUUGUCAUUGUAGAAAACAAGAUAUUACAGGGUGACAUUUUAAACUGGCCUCAGGAUUAGCAUGGCUAGCAUCACUAAAACUAAAAAAAUGUACACAGAAUUAAAGCUUUAACAGAUUCAACCUUCCUGUUAUCCACUGUAAUUCUUACCCUCUCCUGUAGCCAUAAAGAACAGCAGCCAUUUCUCUAAAUAUCUUCUUUUACUUUCUUUUUGACGUCCUCUAAACUUUAUUUUAAAGAAACUCUUAAAAAAAAUAGUCUUCCCUUGGUGAAACUUGAGCACUAACGAGUGUGUUCAGUGUUAAAUUGUAAUAAUAGUAUGAUGCUUUUAGGUAUAAGUAAAAUUAUUGGAAUGUUGAGUUUCUGAUCGGCCCAACAAAAAUCAAUCAGGCUGGAUGGCUUCUUAAGUAUCAGCCAGACUUUGAGGCAUCUCCACAAUGACAUUAUUUAGUAAAUGUUUAUUAUGUUUGUAUUAAAAGCAGAGGUGGAGUCAUGCAACUCUACUGAAACAUGCAUUAUUACCCUUUUACAUCUCUAAACACAGAUGAGAUUGGCAUUCACCUUUAGCAUCCUAAGUUAGUCAAAUAUCAUCGUGAUAAACACCGUCAGUGGCUAACUUAACUCUAAAAUGUCCCAAAAAGUAAAACAAUCUAGGAUCUAGAUUGGCAACUUAAACGGAUAAAAUGGCAAAGUUGCCUCACUUGGUUUAGCCUUCCUGUUAUCUGCUUUAAGUCUUGCUCUCACAGGCUGAAUGAAUCGCAGACUCGUCUCAAUGCGUCUUAAGACAUAGAGCCUCAUUCGAAGUAGCUUAUUUCACUACACUGAUCAAAACACCAAAUUUUCAUCCUCCUUCCUUCAGUAACAACUUCAGCACUGAAGAGUGUUAUAUGCUUAGUUUACCUUUAGAUGAAAACACAGAUUUGCUUUCACGUCUGCACGUCUUUAAGGUUUUGCAGAAGUCUUUACCGGGGUGCCAACACCAUGAGGGUGUCUCAAUAUACAGCAGCUCAUCAUAUGGAAACAUCUCGCUCUGUCAUGCACAUCAGCUUAUUUUUUUUCCCAACUUAAGGAGGGUUGUUUCUUGUGAAUGGUAGCUUUUCAACUGUUUUUUUCCCCACCUUUCAUCGAAAACUAAAUGUUGAAUAGUGAGACAAAAGAAUAAAUGUAUAUUAACCAAACAGAAAAGUCUAUGAUGCAACCUUAUAAACAACCCACCCCCAUUCUGUGGCACUCGGUGUCUGUGCGUCCUUGUCUCCUUGUGCUGUGGAAUCUCCACACUGGAUUGUGUGACCCAUUGUCUUAAGGCCUAUUUUUUUUUCCUUUGUUUAUUCUGUGAAUGGGUGCUUAUGAAUGACACGUGUGUGUAUGUGUGCGUCCAUAUGUGUUGUUACUUUUUACCUUGCAGGCCGUAGUUACUUUUUAACAGCUGCCUCAGAAUCCUAACCCGCGGGUUGGAGAGGAGAACUGUUUAAUCAGUGGUAAACUGGAUGAGGGAACACACCAGCAUUGUUUAUGUAUAAACAAACUAUAUACAGACCUGAAAACCUGUAGGUGUUUAGGAAGGUUUAAAGAAGUCUCCUGUAUUUAUUGAUGUAAAUCCUCACAAAGUCCUAACUGGCUAAAUUCUCAGUCAUGCUUUUAAGUUCUUAAAAAAAAAAAAAAAAAAAAAAAAAAAUCUGAAGUGAUCAUGUUAGAAGAUGAGCAAUAAUCUGUAAUAUUAAUGAAUAAAAAUGUAAAAAGUUGAACAUC